AUGAAGUUCACGCUGUUCAUUCCCAUAACUUUUCUGUUACUCUUUUCCAUUUCUUCAGCUUCUGCACAUUUUUUCCCCAAUAUCACUUCAAUCCCACCUUCGUUAAUCCCGAAUACAACAACAUGGGAGGCUUUUAAUAAGCUUAUGGGCUGCCAUAAUGGUCAAAAGAAAGUUGAUGGGUUAACCAAAUUCAAGAAAUAUUUACAGUACUUUGGUUACUUGAAUUCUUCUUAUUCUAGUUUCUCAGAUGAUUUUGAUGAAUAUCUUGAAUCGGCCGUCAAAACUUACCAGCUGAAUUUUAAUCUGAAUCCCACCGGUGAAUUAGACGAACAAACGUUAAAGCACAUCGUACGACCUCGAUGCGGAAACGCCGAUGUAAUUAAUGGAACUUCGACUAUGAAUUCCGGUAAGCAACCUAGACCUUACAGUGCAAAUUCUACCAUUCAUACAGUGGCCCAUUAUACGUUUUUCCCGGGUAGGCCCAGGUGGCCGGAGAGUAAGACCGAGUUAACAUACGCGUUCUCGCCGGAGAAUCAGCUGCCGGAAAAUGUUAAAAGUCUAUUCGCACGCGCUUUUGAACGUUGGUCGGAAGUUACGCCGUUGACUUUCACGGAGACGACGUCGUUUAACAGUGCGGAUCUUAAGAUUGGGUUCUUCAGUGGAGAUCACGGCGACGGCGAGCCGUUUGACGGCGUUUUGGGGACGUUAGCUCACGCGUUUUCGCCGCCAGUUGGGAGGUUCCACUUGGACGGUGACGAAAAUUGGGUGACAGACGGCAAUUUCAAUAACGGGUCACCCGCUUCGGCUGUGGAUCUGGAGUCCGUUGUGGUUCAUGAAAUCGGGCAUUUACUCGGGUUGGGUCAUAGUUCGGUUGAGGAUUCCAUCAUGUACCCAACUAUACCUUCGGGUACCCGAAAAGUUGAACUUGCAAACGAUGACAUCAUGGGGGUUCAGGAGUUAUACGGGUCUAACCCGAAUUAUAACGGAUCUGAACCGAGUUUGAUUCCGAGAGAGGAGGGUGAUUGGAGUGGGGCCCAUUAUGUUCAUUGUUCAUUGUGGGGAUUUGUGUUUCCAUUGAUUAUUGGAAUAUUCUUGUUGUAA